AUGGGGAAGUACGCAUUGCUGUUCCCUCGCCUUGUUAACAAUGCGCAGUUGAGGAUAACACAGACGACCAAAGUUUGUCCUAGGCAACUGCUUAACGCAGCACUGCUGGCUCCCCCCCUCCUGCCUCGGGUUGUCACCUCUUCGUCUUCUUCACCCGGGAGACAAGAUUCUCUGAUUUCUUCCCCCCAGGCAGACGCAUGGCGAUGUACAGUCACCGAACGAACCCCUAUAAACCAUGAAGCAGUUUCCUAUAAUGCUCCCCAAGAUGAACCGGCAGCGAAGGCCAGCAGCGUCUCUGACAAUCAACGCACAACAGCAGAGCGCACUUGGGAGAUACUGGAAAUGCAUGCAGUGGCGGCAUUGCCGAGUCUGAGUCCAGCGGGAAUCCUCCAGUUUCUCUACUUAACCUUAAGGGGAAACUGCCGCCCAAAACAUUUCCUUGCAGAGCUACGACGCUUUGUGCUGGAGGGUGAGCCUGCUGCUCCCCCAGUGGAGACCUUUUGGUUGCUGUGGACGGCUAACGACUUGGCCCUCUUCUGCAAAUUGUUAUCAGAGCACCACGUGGACGAUGCGGCACUUGUUGCAAAACUCAUUUCACGGGUCACUGCCAGCUUACCGCACUUAAGCCCCGAGGACGUCGCGCUCGUUUUGGGGGCUGCGGCCGGGGAUUCAUCGUCCUACCUGCAAAAAGCGCUGCUGCUGCAGCAACCAGCGGCAUCUGGGGAAGCUGCCCAUCCAGGAGCGGCUGCUGAAUCUCACUAUCCCUCCGCACCGGCUGCGACGCCCGGGGCCCCUUCAGUUGAUAGACGAGGAGACAGUCGCUGGCUAUGCGAAGGAGGCCUUCCGCUAUUUGUGCUGUUGCUUCAGCUUCUGGCUUCACAGGCUAAAGGUGCCCUUUCUCGCUCAUUGCCAGGGCACAGCGGGGCAGCAGGCGCGAAGCUGAGUGCCGUCUCCGCUGCUGCACUAGAACCGCUCUGCCUUUUGACGCAUCACUUGGGAUGUAAAGUUGCAACAGCUUCGGUCGGCGCAAAGUUGCGUUUGGAACCUUCCAAAGGAUCUCCCGCAGGGGCGCCGCAGUUUUAUGACGGUUGA